AUGUCAGAAACAGUAGAACAAACGGUUAAUGAUGUGUAUAAAGGUAUUCAAGAGUCAAUAAGCACACCGGAAACAGAUACUACAGCGAUGCAUAUACCGACAAAUCGUUAUCGACAUUCUUCCUUUUCCCCAUCUCCACCACCACCACCACCACCGCGGUCAUCAUCAAGAUUACCACUACCAUCAUCUCCAUCAUCAAGACUACCACUACCACCACCUCCACCAUCAAGACUACCACGACGAUCAUUGCCACCGUCAUCAUCAGAACCACCAUCACCAUACGCACCGCCAAUCCAACAAUAUGUAGAAGCAGCACAUACGAAUAUUUGUUGCGCUUGUCUGUAUCGCCGUCCGCAACAGAACCAACAUCGUAUGGCCCAGUUCGAUCAGCAUCAUACAUCUGCUUCGAAACAAUGCCUGAUGAUCAGCUAUAACUGGGAUAAUCAGGCUAUAUGCAAGAAAAUAUAUGAUCACCUACGAUCAGAUGGAUACAUAGUAUGGUUUGACGUUCAGAAUAUGCACGGAUGUAUCUAUACGGCAAUGGCUAAAGCAGUUGAACAGUCGCAGACUGUUCUGUUCGGAAUGACUGAAAAAUACAGACAAUCGGAUAAUUGUCGUAAAGAAUUAACAUAUGCAUGUAAGAAACGUAAACGACUUAUUCCAUUAAGACUUCAAGAAAAAUACGAUCCUGAUGGAUGGCUUGGCCUCAUUUCAGCCGAAUUGCUCUAUAUUGAUUUUACAAAAAAAGAUUUUGAUACAAAUUAUCAGAGUUUGCUCAAGGAAAUUGAGUCUAGUGAAAAUGUGAUGUGA